AGGAAAGAUGCUUUCUGCUCGUUUUGUAAAAUCCGUUGUCCCUGUGUUGAAGUAACUUGCUGACAAUGUAUCUGAGGAAUAGGAGCCAGGCUUUGAUGGGUUGUGUAGCUCGCCAUAUUGAGACCACUGGAGCUGCCCUGGGUCUCGAUAAGCUGGGCAUUAACGUCGGCAAGGUUCACCGUAACUUGACUUAUGAUGAGAUUGCUGAGCACGAGAAGAAGAACAACGAAGGAGUGUUCACGAACACCGGAGCUUUCGAAGUAGACACUGGAAUCUACACCGGAAGAUCUCCUCAGGAUAAAUACUUUGUGGAGAGAGAGCCCAGCAAGAGCAACAUCUGGUGGAGCCCGAUCCCCCCCAACAAGCCUGUGUCUGAGAAGGUGUUCAACGAGGUGUACGACGAUGUGAAGCAGUACAUGAACGGCAAGGAGGUGUACGUGUUCGAUGGCUACUGCGGAGCGAACCCGAAGUCGCGCAAGUGCGUGCGUUUUGUGACGGAGUACGCUUGGCAGCACCACUUCGUGACGAACAUGUUCGUUCGCCCCAAGUCUGUGGAGGAGCUGAAGAACUUCAAGCCGGAGUUCACUGUGAUCAACACGUGCAAGGGUCUGGUGAACAAGAACUGGAAGCGCCAGGGCCUGAACUCGGAGGCGUUCGUGGGCUUCGAUAUGGAGAACAACCUUGCGAUCGUGGUGGGCGCGAAGUACGGAGGCGAGAUGAAGAAGGGUAUCUUCGGCGUGAUGAACUACUGCCUGCCUCUGCAGGGCAUUCUGCCGAUGCACUGCUCGGCGAACGUGGGCAAGGACGGCGACUCGGCGCUGUUCUUCGGUCUGUCGGGCACGGGCAAGACGACGCUGUCGGCGGACCCGAAGCGAUUCCUGAUCGGAGACGAUGAGCACGGCUGGGACGACGACGGUAUCUUCAACUUCGAGGGCGGCUGCUACGCGAAGACGAUCAAUCUGUCGAAGGAGAAGGAGCCGGAUAUUUGGAACGCGAUCAAGCGCGACGCUCUGCUGGAGAACGUGAUGGUGCGUCCCGACGGCUCGCUGGACUACAACGAUGUGAGCAAGACGCAGAACGGCCGCGUGGCGUACCCGAUCUACCACAUCAAGAACUACAAGCCGGACAGCAUGGCGGGCCAUCCCAAGGCGAUCAUCUUCCUGACCUGCGAUGCCUACGGCGUGCUGCCUCCGAUCAGCAAGCUGACCACGGAGCAGGCCAUGUACCACUUCCUGUGCGGCUACACCGCGAAGGUGGCCGGAACGGAGCGCGGCAUCAAGGAGCCCGUGCCCAACUUCUCGCCCUGCUUCGGCGGAGCGUUCAUGCCGAUGAACCCCAUCGUGUACGCGAAGCUGCUCGGUGAGAAGCUGAACCGCCAUGGCACCAAGGUCUAUCUGCUCAACACCGGAUGGACUGGAGGCGGCUACGGAGUGGGCAAGCGCAUGGACAUCCCCGUCACCCGCGCCUGCAUCGACGGAAUCCUCAGCGGAUCCAUCGAGAAGGCCGAGCUCCGCCACAACGACCGCUUCAAUCUGGAGGUGCCCACCCAUGUCGAGGGAGUCGACGAUCAUCUGCUCUGGCCUCGCAACACCUGGGCUGACAAGGAGGAGUACGACCGUGUCGCCAAGAAGCUCGCUGGAAAGUUCGUCGAGCACUUCAAGCAGUUCCAGGUGCCCGGACUGCCCGACUAUUCGCCUUAUGGACCUCGCACCGAUUAAGUGUAGCUUUUUAGAGUAUCAGUUCA